UCUUCACUGUUUCAGUCUGCAGAUCUGUACUGGUCACAUUGGGAUUCAAAAGACAUAUAAUUUAUUUUCCACAAGCAAGACUUGGAGGAGCUACAGUUUCCUGGGGACUUGGAAAUACUCAGCUAAGACCUGAGCUAAGCCACAGGAGGCCCUGUAAGAACACCUGCUGUUGUCUUCAUCUCUGCUUCGGCUGUCUGUAGAGGAGGAGGAAGCAUGAGUCCUGCCCUGCCUUGGAUCCUUCCCCUUGGAUGUGUCCUGCUCCUGACAAAGGCAGCUGAAUGCUUCAUCUUGCCCAACUCGAGUCACCUGGAGAACAUUCUGAGUAAAUAUCAGGAUGGGGAAACUCACUCCAGAUCCAAGAGAGCCAUUUUAUUCUCAGACAGACAAGAGAUAUUGAUGCUCCACAAUAAACUGAGAGGUCAAGUGUACCCAGCAGCCUCUAAUAUGGAAUACAUGACCUGGGAUGAUGAGCUGGAGAGAUCAGCCCAUGCUUGGGCUCAGCAGUGCAUCUGGGACCAUGGCCCUAGUGCCCUCAUCAGGUCGAUUGGACAGAACUUGGCUGUUCACUGGGGCAGGUAUCGGUCUCCAGCUUUCCAUGUCCAGUCUUGGUACGAUGAAGUUAAAGACUACACUUACCCUUAUCCCCACGAGUGCAACCCGUGGUGCCCGGAGAAAUGCACUGGCUCUAUGUGCACACAUUACACUCAGAUAGUCUGGGCCACGACGAACAAGAUUGGCUGUGCCGUGAAUGUCUGCAAGCAGAUGAAUGUCUGGGGAGAAAUCUGGGAGAAUGCUGUCUACCUGGUCUGCAACUACUCACCAAAGGGCAACUGGAUCGGAGAAGCCCCAUACAAAGCCGGCCGUCCCUGUUCCGAGUGCCCACCGAGCUAUGGAGGAGGCUGUCAGAACAACCUCUGCUACAAAGAUUACCGUUACGAGGAUCCCGUCAUCGCUGAGACGGAUGAGACCAAUGAAGUGGAGAUUCCACAGGUUGGGGAGCAAAAGCCAGUGCGGUUCUACCCUUCAGAAAGCGAGCCCAGCAAAUCCAGCAAGCCCAAGAAAAUCAUCCCAGACUCCUACAUGACACAAGUCAUCACCUGUGAAACCAAGAUGAGAGACAAAUGCAGAGGCUCAACGUGCAACAGGUAUUUGUGCCCAGCUGGCUGCUUGUACAGUAAAGGAAAAAUCUUUGGAACAUUUUAUUAUGAGAGUUCCUCAAGCAUCUGUCGUGCUGCAAUCCAUUAUGGCAUCCUGGAUAAUAAAGGAGGACUGGUUGACAUCACACGGAAGGGAAGGACACCAGCUUUCGUGAAGUCUACCAGGAAUGGUGUGGAGUCCUUUAGGAAAAGUAAACCUUCCAAUGCAUUCAUGGUCUCCAAAGUCACAACACAGACACUGGAUUGCUACACCACAGUAGCUGAGUUGUGCCAGUUCAAAAAGCCAGUGACCCAUUGCCCAAGGAUUUAUUGUCCAGCCCACUGCAAAGAUGAGCCAUCGUACUGGGCACCGGUGUUUGGCACAAAUGUUUAUGCAGACAACUCCAGUAUCUGCAAAACUGCAGUGCAUGCAGGAGCCAUUUCAGAUGAAAGAGGCGGCUUUGUGGACGUGAUGCCUGUAGAAAAGAAGAAAAGUUACGUUGGCUCCUUAAAGAACGGAGUCCAGUCUGAGAGCUUGAAGAACCCAUCGGGUGGAAACGCUUUCCGAAUUUUUGCUGUGAAGCAGUAAAUUCCCACGGAAGGUUUCUUUGGGAGAGAGCUCUGUUGACCUCCAGAUACAGGAAGGCUUCUCUGAUGGCAUCAGCUCUGACUGUACCCUCCUUGCCCAUCUCUUUCAGGGAAUUAAAAAAAAACAAAAAGAAACGGAAAAAAAAAAAGACAAAAAAAAGAAAGCCCCCAGGUUGUGACUCAGCUGUUUGCAUCUCAUCACACCCAGGCAGCAUUGGAGCUUCUUGUUCCGUGGUUUUGUUUCUCUAGGGGCAUUCAGCAAUGAUAAACUGUUCUAACUUUCCAUUUACAAGAGGUGUGCUACACAAACCAGCGGUGGCUCAGUGGGCAGCAGAUGCAGGGAUCUCAGCCUGGCCCUCCAUGGGAUUGUUUAGGGUGUGAAGCAUUUACUGAGCUGGGUGUGAACUGCUCAAGCAGAAUCACAAGUGAAGGACUGUCCAGAUGCUGAACACUUUGAAAUGAGAGAAACGUUGCAUCUGUUGUGGGGAGGCUGGGCUUUGAUAGAGCGUUUUUGUGUGUUUGGUGUUUUCUGUGCAAAGGAAGAGCAAAUUUGGUCUUUUGCCAACUAGGUGACACGCAACAGCAUUGCUGGGUAAGGCUGCUGACCCAUCACACUAGACUAUGUUGUAUGGUGUCACGUUUGGGGAGAGGAUGUUCUUGUUGGCUGGACAUCAAGGUGUUUUGAGGACUGGAGUGGGAGGUGAAAUGGUGGCAGAGACCCUCGCUGCAGAGAAUGAGGCCACUGGAUAAUUGAAACAGCAGGUUUGGUGUUUGCUGGUCAAACAUUCACAGGUAUUUUGCAAGUCUGGCAAGCUAUGAGAAGUCAGUGAGUCAGGGCUCCUGCGCUGGCACAUCUCAUCCUAUCCUACACACCAUUUCAAAUAAGAUUUCAGUUAAGUACAGUGUAUUGUUUUAUACAGCAGUGCUGGUUGUUUUAUCUGUAGUAGUUAAGUAGUGAUGAAGUUAAUCUUAUUUCUGCUAGGGAUGGUUGCAUACAUAGGAAGCAUGUUCCCUUCACCUUCGUGAAGCUCUUUGUGGUGUGUGCAGUUCUGAGACUUCAAAGAUAUGGCAUAAAUUGGGGUAGGUUAUCUUUUUCCUGAUCAGUUUAUGAAACCACCAGAUCUGUGCUUUCAGUGCAAAUGAUGUACCCAUGAGCAUUUGAUAUCCAGGAUGGUAUGUUUUGCAAACCCCAUAGGUGUUGUAAUGAUAUUAUUUCAUAUUUUGUUAUUUAUAUCUCAACAUGCCCUCAAAUGCAUUUCAAAGCCAAGACAAGAGCCUAGCACAACCUGCUCUUUUAAAGCAGGAGAAUAUUCUCUGGUUUAUAUUGUGAAUGAGCUCUUAGAAUUGGUCUAAACACAAAUCUGGUUGUCUUUUGAUUCACACACAUCCAGCAGCUUCAUUAGUCACAAGAAGCCAAUGUAAACUUUAGUUCUUCAGUUCUUGUAAAUGAAGAAAAAGUGCAUAGCCCCACUGCUCAGUAACUUGGUUGUAAUGUUGUAUAACAAAUGGGAAAAUAUUUCUCUCUAUUUGACAGAUGUCUCAUAGCUACUCUUAUGCUCAGACUGUGUUUGGUUUUAAUACAAAAGCCAUCUUUUCAAGCUGUUUCAAAACACAGACCAGAAGUGUUUAUACGAUUAAGUAUUUCUUUAAUUCUGUAAAUACCAUGAAACCAGCAAGGAAAUUACAUUUAUCACUCAGUUUGUCUCACCAUUGGGGUUUCUUUCUCUGUGAAAUCUGAAUUUGGAAAGAGACCUUUUGUAAAAUAAGAAAUUGGAGCUGCUUUGCAUCGUCUCCAAAAGUGCUGCACAGCAAACCUGCCUUUGGGGUGGAUGGAGAGAAAUGACUCUACGUGUCGUCUUUGUUUAUAUAGUAUCGUCUUCCAAGGUGUACAGAUAUUUGCUUUAGAUAGGAAAACUGAACUAUUUUUUUUCUUACUAGGUAAACUGAUGUUAAACACAGCUGGAAUGUAUCUUAGCAAAGCUGCUGGUUGGAGGUGUUUGAGAUCUUGGCAGUGAGAUAAGGCUUCUCUGUUUCUGCCCACUGUGAAUAAUUAUGUUAUGCAUGGUCUGGUUCAAGCCCAUUACACACUGCAGCAUGCAUCUAUGACCAUCAUGGGCCAAACGGUAGCCACAGGGCUAUGGAUUGAAUUGGAAAGAGUAAGAGAUGGAACCAGGUAUUCUUCAUGGGGACUGCAAGAGCACAUAAAACACCUCAUGAAGGAUCCCACCUCUAAAAUGCUGUCUGUGACCAUCACAUAGGCUGUAAAACGAUGGAAUGAAACAUGAGGGCUCUUGGACAAAAGUCUAGGGGAUUCACCAUGAGCACAUAACGAUCCAAACAGCUUGGGAUGUACCUGUGUGAUGAAAAGGGGGCGAGGGAAGAAUUGUUGUUCUAACAGAAAUAUCCUAAAGUGCUUUAAUUCAAGUUCCAAUCGCAUAUUUUUAUCUUCAGCCAACUGGUUUGGAUUUGUAGAAACCAAUGUUAAUUUAAGUCUGUAUCUGUUUAUUUUUAUAUUUGCUGUACAAAAGAGAAAUUGUGACUUUGCUACACAAAUAUUAUUCGAGGUCCUGGGUGCUAUUCAUUUCAACAUACCUCCACCAGAAUUAGGGGUGAUCAGGUCCUCCGAGGCAGUCAUGGGAUAUCAAUUACUUGCAAUCACGUGUGCUAGCUGUUCAUAUAUAGGUGGGACAGUACCAGUUUUUAGCCAAAUAUUUACUCAUUUUUUUCCUGAUACCAAAACAUUUCUCAGCCUAAUAUAUUCCAAUGCAGCUUAAAGAUGCAGCACGUCUUUCUAUCCCCAGAUCCGAUCCUGCUUAGACCCCAGCUCAGCAGGUUAGUUAAACACGUGCCAACUUGAAGCACCUGGGUGUAGCCUCACUGAAGCAUCUGGUUAAACCCUUUGCAAAGCCAAUGCUGUCUGGUUGUUCUUUUCCAAUGAAUUUAGUGUUGGAACUAGACCUACCAUUGCAGAGCACCUGGCUCAGCACAACCAAACCUCUAGAAAAGACAACCAGCGUGAGAGUUGCAGCGUGGCCCUUCCACAGCCACCCGUGUGCUGUCGGGUCUCUUGGCUCCAUUAAUUUCUUCACUUUAAGGUAUUCAGCCAACAGCUGAUUCAGGAGUCUCCAGUUGGUCAGUUGUGCAGUCUAAAUAUUUAGGGCCAGUUCAUAGAGUUGCUCUUUUUUUUUUCUAUGAAAAAUGAUGUAUUUUACUUCCUAUGUAUAAAAGUUGCUUGUAAAUUUUGAUGUGCCUUUGCAUGGUUUUCAAGGGGCUGUGUGUUUGUUUAUAAACUGUUUUUUUUUCCCCUAAAUACAGAUUUGUAAAAUAUCUCUCUCUUUUUUGUUGUUGUUGUUUUCUCCCCUUCCAUUUUCCUUUUAUUUCUGAAUUAUUUGUGAAAUAAAACCUUCCCAGAAUGAA